AUGGCUGACGCAAAAUUAAAAUCGGCUAAAGUCGAUCAAGCCACUCCGAGAAACAUCAGACAGACAUCAGUACAGAAAGCGCAUGAUCGCCCUGCACACGAGCUGUCACCGAGUCCCUCGCCAUCGGAAGCUUCGACAGCGAAAAAGGGAUCCAAGUCGAGAAGCAAAGCUUCGGGAAAAAAUCCAGAGAAGUCUGCUAAGCCGAUUUCACCGGACAAUGUCACGAACAUUGAUCAACCGUCAACAUCCCAGGUUAAGGGCGAUAACUCUCAUCUCUCUACAGUCCUCCUUACGGAGAUUAAAAGUCUAUGCUCUUCGGUCGGAGACAUGAAGAAUUCCAUAGUCAAUUCGAUCAGCAGUCUAGGAAAUCAAAUAGCUUCAAAUCAACAGAGAAGUUACGAAUCGGAUUUUUCAUACGAUGAAGACGACGUCUCAGAUUCAGUACAUGCGGGUCAAUUUAGAACGGUAAACAAUACCGACGUAGACCCGGUUAUCAAGCUGAUAGACACAGUGCUAGAUGAGAAAAGUCAAGGUUCCUCACUUGAUCUUAACAAUGCUCCUGUGGAGAAAAUAGCCACAUCUGACGAGACAGACGACGUUUUAUCGUUUUUAAAAAGCAAUUUACUUAUGGAGGAGACCCUGGGUGAUAACAUAGAUGAGAGAUUAGCGGACAUAGUCUCUGGCUCCUUCACUUUUAAAAGCAGUAAAAAUGCUGCUGAUCUUAUAGGAGACAAAAUCAAGAAGUAUAAAAGACCCAAAAAUUGUCCAGCCCUUCAAACCCAGGAAAUAAACAAACUCAUGUGGGAUAGUAUCCCAAGUGACUGUAGAACCAACGAUUGUAAAAUGCAACGAAUUCAGACGGGAUUGGUCAAAACCUCAACAGCCGUUGCAGAAACCAUGAAUCUGAUUUUGAAAUCAACAAAUGACUUGCCAAAGAAACUCGUAUCAACACUUAUUGAAAAACUGGGUGACUCUAUUGCCCUGAACGCUCAUGCCUUUAGAGAGGCAAUUCUCAGAAGGAAGUCAUUCAUUCAACCUCACUUAAAGGAGGAAUUCAAACCUCUUUGUGCACCAAGCGCACCAGUGUCUUUCACUGAACUUUUGGGUGAAGACCUGGCCAAGAAUAUGAAGGAUGUUUCAACAGCCAGCAAACUCACUCAGAGAGUUAGUAGAAAAAGCUCUCGCAACAUAAGAAACCAUCCAUACAAUGCACCAUAUGAACGACAAAGACCAAGAGGUCCAUACUCUAACAACUACAACAAUAACUUUUCUUCUAACAACAGACGGCCUCAUGCUUACCAGUCUUUUUUGUCCAAGGGCCGUUACAACAACAGGCCUCCAGAAAUGAAUCUGAAUCUCAAAUCAUAG